UUUGCUUGGCAUGUGGCGACCUUCCCUCCCCUCGCCCAUCUCGCUGCCGAGCGCCCCGACGGCCCAACCCCGUCGUUCGUCUUCCUCCUCGAGCGAGCGCCGCCACCCCCUCCUCCCCGUCCCGCUGCCGAGCGCCCCAGCCCCCUCGCUCCGUCGCUCGUCUUCCUCCUCGUGCGAGCGCCUCCACCGCAGGAUUUGGCAUGGCUUCAAAUGUGAACCCUUCCAAGAGACCGUUUCAGAAGAAUUCUUCAGAACACAAUGGCCGGGGCAAGUGGCAAAAGACAAAGCAUACUUCUUCACAGCAGCCUCCACUGGUGAUACAGCCUGGUGUUCCUCUUAUCCGCAUUCUCUGCCCCACUGAAAAAUGUGGGAAUGUCAUUGGUAAAGGUGGCGUCAUCAUCGCAAAGAUAAGGCAAGAGAACGGAGUAAAAAUCCGGGUUGAUGAAGCAGUCCCUGGUUGUGAUGAGAGAGUUAUCGUCAUAACUAUCACUGAGAAGGACAAAGAAGCUAGCCGUGAGCAAGGUAAACAGAAUGUUGGAGGUGCUGCUGUUUCUGCUGAUGCCGAGCAUGAGAAGGAGAAAGACCACAUCAAGGAAGAAAAUGUUGAUUCAGAGAACAACCAUGGCAAGGAAGAAAAGGUUGAUUCAGAGAACAACCAUGGCAAGGAAGAAAAGGUUGAUUCAGAGAACAACCAUGGCAAGGAAGAAAAGGUUGAUUCAGAAAGAGAUGCCAGUAAGGAAGAAAAGGAUGAUCCCUCUGUUGCUAAAGAUACAAAGGCAGAGCCAGAGAGGGUACUACUGUCGCCAAUGAACGCCAUUUUGCAUGUUUUUGAUAGGAUUUUUAUAACUGAAAUCGGAAAUGAAUCUGGGGAUCCAUCAGGUGAAAGAACUCCUGUUUCUUUCAGAUUGUUAGUGCUAGAUAGCCAAGUAGGAUGGCUUUUGGGGAACCGUGGUAGUGUGAUUAAGCAAAUGUCAGCUGAUAGUGGCUGUGAAAUCAGAGUUUCAAAGGAGAAGCUUCCGUUAUGUGCUUUACUUAAAGAUGAACUUUGCCAGAUCACUGGAGAGCUUGACUCAGUCAGGAAAGGUCUGAAUGCCGUGGCUCAAGUGCUUCUUACUCACCCCCCUAGGGAAAGUGAUGUACUUCCUUCUGGUUUAUCAUCGCACGCCUUCAAUCGGUCGGAUGCUCUUCCUCCAGGGAUGCAACCUAACUUUAGUCUCCCUUUUCAAGGGCCAUCCCAUGCCAGAGGACCUUUUGAUAGCAUUGACCCAAGGCCAAACAUUCCUCCUUUUCCCACUUUUCCUGACCAACGCUCAAACAUUCCUCCUUUUCCUGCAUUUCCUGAUGCUCUAAUGCAUAGCCAUGCUUCAGUUCCUCCAGAACCACUCACCUUUAGGUUAUUAUGUUCAAGUGACAAGGUUGGAAGUAUAAUAGGGAAGGGUGGAAACAAUAUCAAGACUAUUCAGAAAGAUACAGGUUGUGAAAUAAAAAUCCUUGAGACUGUUCCAAAAUCAGAAGAUCGUGUCAUAGUUAUUUCUGGACCUGCGCAUCCUGGUGAUGGAAUUUCCCCUGCGCAGAAUGCAAUUCUGCAUGUACAACGUAGAAUUACGCCACCUACCGCUAACAACAAGGAGGGCGCUGCCAUAUCUAGGCUGAUUGUUUCACCUAAUCAAGUUGGCUGCCUCCUUGGCAAAGGUGGUAGUAUCAUAGCUGAAAUGAGGAAGCUAUCGAAAGCUCAUAUAGUAGUGUUGAGCAAAGACAAGAUCCCAAAGGGCGUCCAAGAAAGUGAUGAAGUUGUUCAGAUAACUGGGGAUUCCGAAGCUAUUCAGGAAGCUCUGAUGCAGAUAACUGCUAGGUUACGUAACCAUCUUUUCCGGGACAGAAUGGCUGCAAUGGGUCCUAACAUGCAGCCACCUUUUGGGUCGCUAGAUCCUCAGUUUGGUGCAUUUGCGGGAAGCCAUGAAUCUACGUCUCCAAGGAUAUAUCCUAAUGCAUCUCAGUUUCACAAAGAUUUCAUGGGACGGCCAUUGGAUGAGAUGCCUGCUCCUUGGAACGCAAAGGGCAUGCGGGAUGUUGGUGAUCCGAUGUCAAUAUCUGGCAUGCCAGGAAUGCCUCAUAGAGGAAUUGGUGGAUUUUCUGGCGCUGGCCAUUCAUCUAUGCCAAACAUAACUAGAGAUAUCAUGGUUCCAAGAUUUGUUAUACCUGCGCUUUGUGGGCACGAUGGAGGUUGUUUGAAUAUGAUUCGUGAGUUUUCAGGAGCUAUGAUAACAUUCACUGAACCAAUAGCUGAUGCCGCAGACACACCUUUUAUGAUAUCUGGCACACUGGACCAGAUGCAUGCAGCCCGAAGUCUUAUUCAAGCAUUUGUUCUAAGCGAACCACCUGCCCCAUGAUAUUUUAAAUCUCUGAAGGCAUUUAGUUGGUUGUCAUCUCUGCUUGGUUAUCCUUUACUGUGGUGUCAGCAUUGGAGGCUGCAUCCUAGAAGGUAUGGACAGUAUAGUUCUGUUUGAUAGCUUGACUUGUUUUCCUUUGUACUCCCUCCGUUCCAUAAUUCUUGUCUCAAAUUUGCCCUAAAAUGGAUGUAUCUAUUCCUAAAAAGCGUCUAGAUACAUGUAAUAUUUCGACAAGAAUUAUGGAACGGAGGGAGUAAUAUUUUUCAUCAACGAGGCUGUCAACAUAUUUAAUUUCUGUUGGUUCUUGUGUUAUUGGCCCGAUAGCCAAGUUAACCCUCAUGUAUCAGUGGUUUUCAUUUUCAAAAUAAAGCUUAGAGAUACCUUCAUGAUUGCUGCUAACACUGGUGUCUCAGAAACAAAUUUGCCAUAACCUGGUUUGUAUCCGCGCGUUGCUGCAAUAAUGUUUAGAUUAUGCUAUCAACUUCUUUGAAAAUCAUAAUAAAGAUAUUACUUUAAUCAUAUCUAAGUUCUUUCUGAAUUUUGGAGUAAUAAGUAUCCAAUUGUAGUGCUUUCUUUCUGCAUUGCAUUGCUUUUACCAGUGAUUCCAAAUUUCUGCAUUUUUGACUUUUCGUGAUCUAUUGGUAUCACUGGAGCAAGCAGCCUCAUCCUGGAGUGCCAAUGUUAUUUCUGUAGCUCAAACUGGAUUAUAAGACAAUGCAAUGUCAUCAGUCUGCAGUUUAAUCAUGACUUGGGAGCGGCUGCCUUGGUGCUUCCUUUCUGCCUUCUUGUGUUGCUUUUACUUCAGAGAUUCCAAAUUUCCGCAUUUUUGUGAUCUGUUGGUAUCAUUGGAACAAUGCAGCUUGGGAGGGGCUGCCUUGGCGCUUCCUUUCUGCCUUCUUGUGCUGCUUUUA